GAAAUGCCCAGUGGUUGCAGUUGCUGAUGAUUUCACGGCAACAGCACUGAAACAUAGAGUGCUGUCUGAUAGCUGGUUACUGAAUGAGAUACUGCAAAUGGGUGGAAGGAAAAAAGACAGCAUGUGAGAGAGAGAGUCAGACACAGAGAGGGAAGCUGAGAGCAAGGAAAGUGCUCUGGCUGGAGGAGUCUCCCAGGUGUACUGCAGAAGCUUUUUGGAAAUGGAUGCAAGGACCAUCUGCUGCCUAUAGAUUAGAGGGCUGUAGAUUAAGAGUGGAAAGAGCUUAUGGCUCUUUUGAAUAAAAAUCAAAGUUCUGCAUAACUGAUUCAUCAAGAUAAAUCAUGAGUGUGCUCUUGCAUGGGAUAUUAAUGUAUAAAUCCACGCUACAGAUAGACAGAGUGCAGACUACAUCGCUAUAAAAAAUAAAGCCAGCAACGAUGCAGUGAAUAAAUUCUGCAGUGAUUAUCUGAUUUAUGUACGAAGAAAAAGCAGCAAAACACAGAGCGCUCUUAUCAUACUAUGGCAUUUGCAAGGCAGUGCAUUUAAUGCUGAGAGAUGCUAUACAUUAAAUCUGACAACUGUGAAAAGAGAGAUCAUGGAGAAGUCAAGUAGUGAGGAUUCUUCAAUUCACCGGAGUCCAUCUUUGGAUAGCAAAGACUCAGAUUUUGCUAAACCUUCUACCUCAGGGAGGCAGUUUGGUCGAGGUUUUACUGCUGGAGCUUUCUAUGGUACAACUGGAUCACGUACACAGAGCCACACUGGGCUCGGAACUGGGACCGGCAUUGGGACUGGCGUAAAAAGUGACAAAUACAGUGCACCCAAAGGCAGCAAAUACGUGGUCUUUUACCUGGAUCUAUCCUUUGUUUUCCUUUUAGAAUUUAAGAAGUGCAACAUGGCAAGAGGCUGCCUGUGUUGUUUGAAAUACAUGAUGUUCCUUUUCAAUUUAAUAUUUUGGUUAUGUGGCUGUGGACUGCUGGGUGUGGGCAUCUGGCUAUCAGUGUCGCAAGGAAACUUUGCCACGUUUUCUCCCAGCUUUCCGUCGCUUUCAGCUGCCAACCUAGUCAUUGCCAUUGGUACAGUCAUCAUGGUGACCGGCUUUCUGGGCUGCCUAGGUGCUAUCAAGGAAAACAAGUGCCUCCUGUUGAGUUUUUUCAUCAUUUUGCUGAUAAUUCUCCUGGCAGAGCUGAUUCUACUCAUUUUGUUCUUUGUUUAUAUGGACAAGGUCAGUGAAAGUGCAAAGAAAGAUUUGAAGGAAGGUAUGAAGCUAUACAAUUCAGAAAAUAAUGUUGGACUGAAAAAUGCAUGGAAUAUCAUUCAAGCAGAGAUGAAAUGCUGUGGUGUGAAUGACUUUACGGAUUGGUACCCAGUGCUGGGAGAAAACACUGUCCCGGACCGAUGUUGUACGGAAAACUCCCAAGACUGUGGACGAAACUCUACUGAACUGGUGUGGAAAACGGGAUGUUAUGAGAGAGUUAUGACCUGGUUUGAUGAGAAUAAGCAUGUCCUUGGUUCGAUCGGGAUAUGCAUCCUCAUAAUGCAGAUUCUUGGCAUGGCCUUCUCCAUGACACUCUUCCAGCAGAUUCACAGGACUGGCAAAAAAUAUGAUGCCUAAAACCUCUGAAACAUUAUCACAUCAACCCUUCUGUCUCAUCAUAAAAAUGAAUAAAAGGAAUGACAGAAUACCAAGCCUAGCCCUGCUGAAGGAAUCCAUCCCAUUGACUGAUCUACUUUGUUGUUAUUUGUCCAGUUUGUCCAGACACAACUUGCUGACUCAUUUUUGUCUUUCACAUUUGCCAUUUAUUUGCCAAAGACAGGGGAAACUCCCCAAAACUAUGGAUUUUCUACACAAAAUCAUAAGAAUGGUUCUUAACAUUAAGAAAAUGUUUUGCUCUACUAAUCCAUGCUGUAUGUGCAAAAAUUACAUGUGUUCAACUUCAAGGCAGAAGUCUUCAAAGUCUUCCAUUAAGUUUUCAACCCUCUUGCCUAAUUUACUGGAAGACUCAGAAAAGCCACUCUGAGAGUCCUAGGAAUUGGAGCUGCUUUGCUUUGCAGCUUCUUGUACCUUAUGGUGUAUACUUUUUUAUUAUGAUAAUGAUGAUGAUGAUUAUUAUGAUGAAUAUAGCUUAGAAUUUAGUAGCCUGACUUAUAACUUCUUACUGGGUUUGGUUUUACACAUUUAUUGUACAUUAAUUUGGGAAUCACUGUGCGAUCUCUAGAAGGCAUGUUUUUCAAAGUUGACGGUGCAAGCAAAUAAAGACAUAACUUUUUUUAAGUCCAUGGGGAGGCAUCAUCUACCUUUUACCAAGGUCUUGAUGUCCUUACUGUAACAAAGGAACCACCUUUGUUACAUCCUCAGAUGGAAUGCAAUGCCUUUCCUUUGGACCAGAUGGUGAACUUCCUACUCCUGUAAGGCAAAGUUCCAAUGCCUUUACUCACCCAAAGCAGUGUCUGGCUGCUUUGACAUCAUGCUACUAUGAAAGCUGAAAGUACUAACUAAGCAAGUCACUGCUCCCUGACAUGAAGGAAGGAGACUGCAGUCUGGCCUACUGGCUAGUUGACAACAGAUUUCACAAUUGUGAUGUCUGUUUCAAAAAGUUUGCCCAAGGCAUGGCAUGCUGCUGGGUAUGAGGGAAGGGGAUGGCAGUUUGAUGUCAUGCCGUGCCCUUCAUGGAAGGGGUCUCCUCAGGCAGAUGACAGCUGUCUCCCUGAGCUGGAAAAGAUGGUUUAGAUUGUUUGAUUAAUAGCAACAAGAUGAUGCAGGAAAAGGGCAAUUUCCAAAACAGAACUCACGGAUAGUAUGUGUCGUCACACCUUCAGUACAGAACUGGUUUUUGAUGAUGGACUGCAAAGUCCAUCCAGUGGUAUAGUGCAGAGUUCACUGCAAUGCAUAUUUUUACCAACAUUCCUGUCAGAAAACUUAAACAUACAUUUCUGUAGCUUUAAUGCUGUUUCAUUGCAAGCAGCCCCCAUUUUACCCUUUGUUCCAGGUUUUUGAAGUUUUGUGAAACAAGAAGGAAAGGCUCAGAGGAUGUUCUUAUUUAAGUCCAGUCAGGGCUCACCGCUACUCUGAAAAAAACUACUGUUUUUUGUAUUAGCAGCAGUCAGAAGUGACCUUCAGAGGUUACCUUAUCCAGUGUCACUCUCAAAGGGUUACUGUCAUCUAUAUGAAAUGGGGGUUAUAAUGAAAUUAUUGGGCUGAGUUUCAGAACCUGUAGAGGAUGGAGAUUUUGUGCCUUUCAGAGCCAUAACAUGUCAAACUACUCCUCUGGUAAACAAGGUUUUUUAAUGUCCAGUUUGAAUAUUUAAACUUUAAACUCUUAAAAGAUAUCAUUUUGCAUUGUGUCAUUCAGCCUUGUGGGCUGAAAGAGCUGUUUCAUAUCUGGGAGUUUUUAGUCCCAUUCAUUUUCCUAGUAGGUCCUGCAUGCAUCUCGCAACAACAGUGUUUUGCGUGGCCUAUGUGUCACUUUUUUAAGUUCCUGUGAAAUCAGUAUGACAGGAAGCUGUGUGAAUGUGUGGGAGACGGAGAUUAAUUUGAAGAAGAUUACUAUUCUGAGAGUAUGUCCCUUGCCCAUAGGAGCACAAUGCCCAAAGUUUCACAGGGCUGUUUCCCACUGAAUCAGACAAUGCCAUAUGGGUUCAGCUGUUUCAAUUGGAUUGCCUUUAAAAGAAUCAGGGAAAAAGCAGAGGGAAAGCACAGAAACUGAAUCCAGUUUUACUUGCAUUUCUAACAAAAAUUGGGACCAGGAGCAUCUGAGCCCUACCGGAGAUGGAUGUUCCAUGUUGAAGAAGGGGCUCUGAUGCCCACUGUACUUGCUGCUACGUGUAAGACUGUAUCCGAAGUUGCUAAAAUGCAUUCCCAUUUUUGCAAGAAAAGACAGGACAAUUUUCAUCUGAUGGCUCCACUGCAUUUUCUCUUUGGGCAGAGGUGCUUAGUUUUCUCUAGCUUUCUCUGGUGUUCAAAAAGAGCAGGGUGCAGGCCUGAGCAGGUUCAUCAUCUCUGUCCUUUUUGGUCGCACAGUGGUACCUGCCACAUCUUAAUUUUUAAUCUGCAGUCAGUUUUUGUACAAAAAAAUGGUAAAAAUAUAUUAGUGAAAUUAAUAAGGAAAUAAAAAAUGUUUAUGAGUAAUUCAGAGAUGAAUUGUGUAGUUGCAAACUCAGCUACUUUGCCUUCCAUCCAAACUUAUUUUUCUAGAAUGCUUCAUUCCAUUUCAUGAUCUAGCAGCAUAGAUCCUGAAAUCUUUUUUUAAUGACUACUUUUGCUAUUUUAAGCACAGUAUUGAGAUAGUUACAAAAGCUUCAUAUGUACAUCUCCAUGAAGCCACCUACAGGAAGGAAGUCAAGAACAGGGCUAAUUUGUGUCUCUACCUGACUCUCUGAUGUGGGAGGUGAUGACAGACAUCCUGAAAGGAGCAGGAAAGUAAUGCCAUUUUCCAGGUGACAAAAACCAGCUCUGGAAAGUGUGAGUCUGUGUCAGUCAGUUUGUUAGAGAAGACACUAACCGUCCUGUAAACUGGUCAAAGGGAGCUUGCUUUGGCUCAUGUAUGUAUGCACUUUUUUUGCUUAUGCUAGUGGGUGGCUGUCUGUGUGUUUUCCCCAAAUGUCAUGCUGAUUAUUUAAAUAUAAAUUUUUAGCAUGUUUUUAAAUAAAAACAGAUACUGAGUAAAAGUAUUUUUAAUAUACACAACUAUUGAUUUGUAUAAAUGCAUACCUCUCUGUAUCUCUAAUUCAUGAAAGCACAGUUCAAAUGUCUGAAAGUGCUGUUUCUCUGGGUAUUCCUUCAGACUGUAGCAUACCCACUGUCUCACUGUGCUUCAUGCUUGGAAGCUACAGCAGAACUUCGGCAGAGACACAAUAGGAGAACAGCUUGAAGAAGCUCUAUUUGAAAGCUGUUGAAGUGAUAGCAGUGAAUUCUGUUCCCUCCUGGUGGUACCAAGGCUGUUAGUUAUAGGAAGCCCAGGUGGAUGGCACCCAAAAGAAGUGCCCACAGCUGAGUAGCAUGUGAGAUGUUAAAAACAAUGGCACAGAUGUCUCCAGGAUGACAGAAGAUGCCUUGUAUUUGUCAUGCAUUGAAUUCCUGGACUGUGGUCAUGUUAGGCCAACUCUCCUAUCCUGUGUCCACCCCCCAUUUGUAUGCAUGAAAUAAUACAAUCUCAUAGGAAGGGUGCAAGCAAAAGUCAGAGGAACUGAUCCUCAUGGUCUUUUGAGGGCAAUGUCAAGUGUAGAAAAAGCAAGGAGGAAAAUGGUGUUUUCCCAGCAGAUGGUUCUUGGGAGCAAUAUGGAAUAGGGAACAUGUAAUUCUGAUGUAACUUCUGUUCCAUAGAGUUAAGCAGCUUCAUCCUGUACCUGGCAUGGGGAAACCUGGAGAUGUUUGCCUAUGGGCUAGCUAUCUGUUGUGCAGUAGAUAGUAGACACCAAGAAACAACAUGCCAUUCCCACCAGGUGGUGUUUGCACCAGUGUUUCUUCUAUGCAAUACUUACAUUCGCCUUUAUAUAAAAGAUUUUUACUAGGAUAAUAUAAAAAUAAAGGAUUUUUUAAAAGGUG